AUGCCCUGCUCCCCUCUGCUGAGCAUGGACUCUGUGCUGGGUGCUGUGCUGUCUCAAGGACUGCCAGGAGGCUUGUAUGCAGGAGAUCGGUGCUGGACACAGCCACACGAGAAGACCUUCCCACCCUACCAGGGUCCAUGGGGCCCCAUCCUCAGUCUACCAAAGAAAGCCCUUUUUCUGCCACUUCUCUCUGUGGUGCUUUGGAGUACCCUUCUGUGGGUUGGCCUCUUUCCCCAUCUGGCCUGGGGGUCAGAGAACUUCACCCUGGGGGUGCUGGGUCCCUGGGACUGUGACCCCAUUUUUGCCAAGGCCCUCCCCAAUGUGGCUGUCCAGCUGGCUGUGGACCAAGUUAACCAGGACCCUUCAUUGUUGCUGGGUUCACGGCUAGAGUCUGUGGUUCUCCCCAUGGACUGUGACACACCUCAGGCCCUGGCCACGUUCCUGGCCCACAAGGACAGCAUAGCUGCUUUUGUAGGUCCUGUCAAUCCUGGUUACUGCCCAGCAGCAGUUCUGCUGGCCCAAGGCUGGGGCAAGACCCUCUUCUCCUGGGUGUGUGGGGCCGCUGAGGGAGGAGAUGAGUUGGUGCCCACCUUGCCUUCGGCUCCCCAUGUGCUGCUAGCCAUCCUGAGACACUUUGGUUGGGCCCGUGUGGCCAUUGUGUCCUCCCACCAGGACAUCUGGGUGGCCACAGCCCGACAGGUUGCCACAACUUUCAGGAUGCAUGGGCUACCUGUAGGGCUGGUGACUUCUCUAGGACCCGGGGAACAGGGAGCCACGGAGGUCCUGAAGCAGCUCUGUAGUGUGGAUGGCCUAAAAAUUGUGGUGCUGUGCAUGCACUCAGCACUCCUGGGUGGCCCCGAGCAGACUGCGCUGCUGAGUCUUGCGUGGGCCGAAGGCCUGGCUGAUGGGAAGCUCGUCUUUCUGCCUUACGACACACUGCUGUUUUCUCUGCCCUACCACAACCACUCCUACCCAGCCCUCGGUGACAGGGGACCUCUGCAGCAGGUCUACGACACGGUGCUCACCAUCAGCCUGGAGUCUGCCAGGACGGGUGGAGAGGUAGCUGCCUACUUGGAGCCAGAGCAGGUGUCCCCACUCUUUGGAACCAUCUACGAUGCUGUGAUCCUACUGGCCCAUGCCCUGAACCGCUCUGAGAGCCAUGGACCAGGACUCUCAGGGGCCCACUUAGGGAACUACACAGGGGCUCUGGAUGUGGCUGGCUUUAGCCAGAGGAUACGGACAGAUGAGAAGGGCCGGAGGCUGGCCCAGUACGUCAUCCUGGAUACAGAUGGUUGGGGAAGCCAGCUGGUCCCCACCCACAUCCUGGACACAGGCACAUGGAAAGUGCAGCCCUUGGGCAGGGACAUACACUUUCCAGGAGGGGCUCCUCCAGCUCGUGACUCCAGCUGCUGGUUUGACCCUAAUACGUUAUGCAUGAGAGGCGUGCAGCCCCAGGGUAGCCUCCUGGCCCUGGCCCUGGCCUGUGUUCUUGUGUUGGCUGGUGGGGCCCUUACCUGCCUCAUCAGGUUGGGCAUACAGCAGCUUCGGCUAGUACGGGGCCCCCACCGGAUUCUGCUGACCACCCAGGAGCUCACCUUCAUCCACCGGCCCCUGAGCAGUCGGAGACUGCACUUGGAUACUGCGAGUGAAUCGAGAAGUGUGGCAGAUGGCGGGAGCCUGAGGUCAGUGGCCCAGGGAUCAAUGAGGAGUCUGCCAGGCCCCCAGGAGCCCACCAAUGUGGCCCUGUACCAGGGAGACUGGGUACGGCUGAAGAAGUUUGAAGCUGGCACAGCCCCAGAGCUACGGCCGAGUUCUAUCAGCUUCCUGAGAAAGAUGCGGGAGUUGCGGCACGAGAAUGUUGUCACCUGCCUGGGCUUCUUCGUGGCCCCUGGGGUCAGUGCUCUGGUGCUGGAGCACUGUUCUCGGGGCAGCCUGGAGGACCUGCUGCGGAACGAGGCUCUGAGGCUGGACUGGACUUUCAAGGCCUCCCUUCUGUUGGAUUUGAUCCGCGGUGUGCGGUAUCUGCACCAUCGACAUUUCCCUCAUGGCCGCCUCAAGUCCCGCAACUGUGUGGUGGAUGGACGCUUUGUGCUGAAGGUCACUGACCAUGGUUAUGCAGAGCUUCUGGACACUCAGCGAGCUCCUUGUCCCCCACCAGCCCCGGAAGAGCUGCUAUGGACAGCUCCAGAGCUGCUUCGGGCACCUGGGGGCCCCAGGGGGGGCACUCUCAAAGGAGAUACCUUCAGCAUUGGCAUCAUCCUGCAAGAGGUGCUGACACGAGGCCCGCCCUACUGUUCCUCAGGUCUCCCUGCAGAAGAAAUCAUCAGGAAGGUGGCAUCUCCCCCUCCCCUGUGCCGACCACUGGUAUCCCCUGACCAGGGACCCCCUGAGUGCAUCCAGCUGAUGGAGCAGUGUUGGGAGGAGGCUCCGGAGGACAGACCCAGUCUGGACCAGAUCUACAACCAGUUUAAAAGCAUCAACCAAGGCAAGAAAACUAGUGUUGCUGACUCUAUGCUGCGGAUGCUGGAGAAGUAUUCCCAGAACCUGGAGGACCUGAUCCAGGAGCGGACUGAGGAACUGGAGCUGGAGAGACAAAAGACAGAAAGACUCCUCUCUCAGAUGCUCCCCCCGUCUGUGGCAGAAGCUCUGAAAAUGGGGGCGACGGUGGAGCCGGAGUACUUUGACCAGGUUACCAUAUACUUCAGUGACAUUGUGGGUUUCACCACUAUCUCAGCCCUGAGUGAGCCCAUUGAGGUGGUGGGCAUGCUCAAUGACCUCUAUACAUUGUUCGAUGCUGUCCUGGGCAGCCAUGAUGUAUAUAAGGUGGAGACCAUAGGAGAUGCCUACAUGGUGGCAUCAGGUCUGCCCCGACGCAAUGGAAGCUGGCAUGCGGCUGAGAUCGCCAACAUGGCCUUGGACAUCCUCAGCUCUGCGGGCAACUUCCGGAUGAGGCAUGUGCCCGACGUGCCAAUUCACAUCAGAGCUGGCCUGCACUCAGGGCCCUGUGUGGCAGGGGUUGUGGGCCUCACCAUGCCUAGGUAUUGCCUCUUUGGAGACACUGUCAACACUGCAUCCCGGAUGGAGUCCACAGGGCUGCCAUACAGAAUUCAUGUCAGCCGAAACACUGUCCAGACACUGCUCAGUUUGGAUGAAGGCUACAAAAUUGACAUCAGAGGUCAGAUUGAGCUAAAGGGGAAGGGUGUAGAGGAAACCUACUGGCUGUCAGGGAAGGCAGGUUUCUCCAGACCUCUCCCCACACCUCUGGACAUCAAACCUGGAGACCCCUGGCAGGAUCUCAUAAACCAAGAAAUCAAGGUGGCUUUUGCCAAAGCGCGCCUGGGCACAGCUGGGACCCGGAGCUCAGGAAAGGCCUUGGCAGGGCCUUGA